AUGUCGACAUCUGGGUUCAGUCUGUUCCUCGCUCUCCUACAACUCUCCGGUUUGUUAUUUCCGUUGAGAGUUUCUGCAAUUAGGAAGGAUAUUGGGUUCUUAGAAGAGCGUAGUUGCAGAACAACUGUCCAAGGAAGGUAUCUGAUCUCCGAUGAUGAAGGCAAUGUGUGUGAUUCUCUGUCAUUGGAUUCUCGAACCCGUUGUUGCCCAUGGAAAGGAGAAAGAUUCUCUUGUCAUGGAUGCAACCUCCUUUCACAAUGCUGCAGCUCUUAUGAGUUUUGCGUUUCUUGCUGCUUGAGUCCUACUCGGACGAUUCUUGAGAAGGUGGUUAAGGUAAAAGUUGCAAAGCCGGCUACAGCAGGAACUUACAAGACUGUUUUUGAUUUCUGUGCCGGGAGAUGCCGCCAUAAUUCUGAGAGUGUGGUUCAUGAAAAUGCAUACCACAGCAAGUUUCACCAUUGCUUUUCUCUGACAUCAAAUGCUUCAGGGGCUAAUCUUACACAAGUUGAAACAAGACUUCUUGGCAUUGAUGUGAUUGUCGGAAGGCAAGGAGAUUCAUGCGAUGCAGUAUGCAAGUCACGCGGAAAAUUGUGUGUGAUGAAUAAACUCUCUCUUCUAAACCAAUGUGACGUUAUGCAAAGAUACAUGAGCUGCAAUGGCUCCUGUUUAGCAAGUGCCGGGGCUGACCAACCUGCUGAAGUUGUCGAUGAUGCGCCCAGAGAUUUGGUAUUCCAUCUUUUAUCUCCUCAUAAUCUGUUCCUCGCUCUCCUACAACUCUCCGGUUUGUUAUUUCCGUUGAGAGUUUCUGCAAUUAGGAAGGAUAUUGGGUUCUUAGAAGAGCGUAGUUGCAGAACAACUGUCCAAGGAAGGUAUCUGAUCUCCGAUGAUGAAGGCAAUGUGUGUGAUUCUCUGUCAUUGGAUUCUCGAACCCGUUGUUGCCCAUGGAAAGGAGAAAGAUUCUCUUGUCAUGGAUGCAACCUCCUUUCACAAUGCUGCAGCUCUUAUGAGUUUUGCGUUUCUUGCUGCUUGAGUCCUACUCGGACGAUUCUUGAGAAGGUGGUUAAGGUAAAAGUUGCAAAGCCGGCUACAGCAGGAACUUACAAGACUGUUUUUGAUUUCUGUGCCGGGAGAUGCCGCCAUAAUUCUGAGAGUGUGGUUCAUGAAAAUGCAUACCACAGCAAGUUUCACCAUUGCUUUUCUCUGACAUCAAAUGCUUCAGGGGCUAAUCUUACACAAGUUGAAACAAGACUUCUUGGCAUUGAUGUGAUUGUCGGAAGGCAAGGAGAUUCAUGCGAUGCAGUAUGCAAGUCACGCGGAAAAUUGUGUGUGAUGAAUAAACUCUCUCUUCUAAACCAAUGUGACGUUAUGCAAAGAUACAUGAGCUGCAAUGGCUCCUGUUUAGCAAGUGCCGGGGCUGACCAACCUGCUGAAGUUGUCGAUGAUGCGCCCAGAGAUUUGUAUCCAGGCGCGUGCUUGUACACACGGACACAGUCAUUGCUUUCUUGUGACGGUUCACACCAAUACACCCGACGACUCUGCCCAUGUGCCUAG